AUGCAGGACGUAACAGGACAUGCGGAGUGUUUUGGACCUGCCAUGGCGCUACUCGACCUCAGCUCUGCUGCGACGGAGAAUUAUACUGGAGAGAUCAUGCCGUUCACUUGCGUGUACGUGGAGGACGCCUCAGCUGUUCACUUUGGGGAUUCCACCUCCGAGACAGCCGUGGCGUCCCUGAACUACCAGUAUAUUUGCGUCGGUGUCAUGACGUCGACCGCAAGCAGCACGGUCUCGGAGAUAAGCACGAGCGCCACGUCCUCGCUGACGUCGUUGACAGCCACGACCGAGUCGUACAAUGACUACACGCUGCUGCCCAUUUGGACCGUGAGCAGCACUGUGACCACCACAACGAACACGGCGGCACCAUCUCAACUAAGCGGGUCGAUUGAGCUCAUCGUCGUGGGUACAGACGAGAUCCGUAACAGCACGGAGGCAGAGGUGGUGCUAGAUUCUUGCGGCCGCACUCUCGCUCAACUCGUGGGCGUGCCAGCGAGCUACGUCAGCGUGGCGUUCGCGGAGUCCCGGAGGCUCAGGGCUGCACCGCGCCAGCUCUCCCAGAGCGUCGUCGAGCUGACAUACAUUAUCCGCGUUCCCGCGGAUAGUGACGCUGCUGUGGUGAAGUCGACUCUCGAAAGCAUCAGCGUGGACGAUUUCGAGGCCAUUCUUCAGGACCACAUCGACUCGAGCGUCGGGGAGGGCGAGCUCUCCGUCUCCGUGCUCCUGAUCACGGGGCCCGGCAGCCUCGUGGACACGGCGGCCGACGCCCCCGCGGCGGGGCCGCACGAGGCCCAGGGCUCGUCCGUGAUGGUGGUCGUCUUCCUGACGGUGGGCUGCUACGUCGGCUGUGCGCUCCCGGCCCUGGCGCUGGUCUGCUGGCGCUUCUACCUGCGCGCGGCGCCGCGCGAGGGUCGCGCGCGGGCCGCCCAGGGCCGCGCCUACACCGAAGACGUGCCUGGCGCCGCGCUCGCCGGGGAGCCCAAAGACGCGGUCAAGGCUCGGGGGAGGCGGCCCACUGCGGAGCCCCGCCCGCCGACGGGCCCGAGAGGCGCGCCGACCAGCCCACCCGCCGCGCCGCCCCCGAGCGAUCCCGUCCCGAGGUGGCUCGUGCCGCCCGCGCGGGUCGAGAUGCCAUCCGCUCCCUCUGCCCAGGAGGCACCCGGUUUUCCGUUCUCCGCGUGCUGUAACCCGCACGUGUAG